AUGGCCCACGUCCAUCUGGAGGUGAGCUUGCUCGACAGUCCGAUGUCCGACACUGGCCACUGUCCUAUGAUUCACUAUGGCUCUGACGACCGACGAUCUGGUGGUCACAAGACUCAGUUAGCCUCCGACGACGAAGGUCACUCGUCAGGCAGGUUCGGAGUCGGAUUGAUUUUCGACUCUACCGCUACCGUGGCGCGCAGUCGCACUCCUCUGUUUGGUGCAGUGUCGGAGGUUCGUGGCGCUCCUCACCGACAUCGCCACAUGAGGCAGUGGGACGAACGAGGGUUGGACAGGAGACGUGGCUGUCAACCUGACGUGGCUCUAGUCCCUAGUUUCACUUUCGGCGUUGUUGUGACGGCUGGCGGAUUGGACACGCGCCGCCAAGGCCACCGCCUCUAA